GAAGAUGGAAUCCACUGAGGAAGGAAGGCCUAGGUCUUCAGCACCAUGUGUGCCAGCCCAGAAGCAGCAGUGUGAAAGCCUCUGCAACAUCUGCUGUAGACCCCUAAAAAUCAGGGGGGGUUGGAUUUGGACAUCCUCAGUAGGAAUGGUUAAGCGCUGAUGGGAUCAUAAACAGAUGAUGCCAGAUAGUUGAUAAAUCCUAUAGCUCAACUUGAUUCCUAGAUACAAGCUGGAUUCAUUUGAUACCACAGAAAUGAAACUUCGGGAGACUAGAUUGGAGUCUCACUUCUUUCCCAGCCUGGAACUCUUGGGAGCUCAUGAAGGUAGAUGAUUCUUCAAAUUAAAGAUGGACACUGACUUUUCUUACCAGAAAUGGUUUAUAGAAUCAACUUUCAAAAAUGCAAGAGGCAGCAAAAAAAAUGACAUCUGGAAACCUUAUUAUCUAUUAUGUCUUUGUGUGAAGACAUGCUGCUUUGUAACUAUCGUAAGUGUCGCAUCAAGCUCUCUGGUUAUGCAUGGGUCACUGCCUGCUCUCAUAUAUUCUGUGAUCAGCAUGGCAGUGGUGAGUUUAGUCGUUCACCAGCUAUCUGCCCUGCCUGCAACAGUACUCUUUCUGGAAAGUUAGAUAUUGUCCGCACAGAACUCAGUCCAUCAGAGGAAUAUAAAGCCAUGGUAUUGGCGGGACUUCGACCAGAGAUUGUGUUGGACAUUAGCUCCCGAGCACUGGCCUUCUGGACGUAUCAGGUACACCAGGAGCGUCUCUAUCAAGAAUACAAUUUCAGCAAGGCUGAGGGCCAUCUGAAACAGUUGGAGAAGAUAUAUAUGCAGCAAAUACAGAGCAAGGAUAUAGAAUUGACCUCUAUGAAAGGGGAGGUCACCUCCAUGAAGAAAGUGCUAGAAGAAUACAAGAAAAAGUUCAGUGACAUCUCUGAGAAACUUAUGGAGAGAAAUCGCCAGUAUCAAAAGCUCCAAGGCCUCUAUGAUAGCCUUAGGCUACGAAAUAUCACUAUUGCUAACCAAGAUGGUACCCUUGAACCAUCUAUGAUUGCACAGUCUGGUGUUUUUGGCUUCCCAUUAGGGAACAACUCCAAGUUUCCUUUGGACAGUACACCAGUUCAAAAUCGGGGUGGUGGAGAUGGAGAUUUUCCGUUCAGACCAUUUUUUGUGGGUUCUCCCACAGCACCUGAACCCACCAACAGCUUUUUUAAUUUUGCCUCCCCAAGUAAUGAAUUAGAGCAGCAGCAAGUCUCUAGCAGGGCCUUUAAAGUAAAAAGAAUUUAGUUCACCUUACAGAAUGUUUCUCUGUUUACUUUCAGUGAUUUCAUUUAGUAAAUAUCUUUGUUUUAGAUAAGAGUCACCAACCUCUCUGUGUUUGUAUUGAGUCUUCGAAGUUGUCUUCACAUUUUCAGCUUAUAAGAGAUUCAGUGGCAGUGGUGGGUGGCUUUAGAAUCAGGUUUCCUUUUCUGUUUCUAUUCUUUAAGGCGUAAGCGUUUUAUUAAACUCAAUUUUAGGGUGCACUGUUGAGUUUUCACUGGUAGUGAAAAGCUUACAAUAUUAUUGGGUGUUUUGUAGAUCACCAUUUGUUUCUGUCUGGGCUAUUUCUGACUAGGCCAUGUUUUUAAACAUACUAUAUAAGCGCCUAUGUUAUAUGGCUACAUGUCACUUUGGGUUCUGGUAUUUAUACAUACAUGUAUAUGUAUGUUCCUUUACAUUGUUCUUUUGCUGCAUUUGACAGUAUGUUUAUGUGAAGAUUUUGGUUUCAGGAAAUAGUGAGUGAGCCUGUAGCUUGUUACUUGGGUGUGUACAUUUAUUUGUAUAUAUUUAAUGUAUUUGCCCUUGUAUUAACUUGUUUGCAGGUGUGCUCAUGUCAGUGAAUGAAGGUACAAUUUGAUGCAUGUAUGUUUAGUUCCUAUUUCUAUUUAAAAAUAACUCACACACUGAUAAAAUUAUUUUGUAAAGUUGACUUUUUGGCAUUUAUUUUAGAGUAAAAUUACUUUCUUUACUCUUUUGCUAG